GAGGAAGAGGAGGAGGACGGAGACGAGGAGGACGAGGUGGAGGAUGGCACGCGCGGGGCCCACACGUGGAGGCCGGCGCGGGGGCGCGGGCAGGGCCGGCUGCUGAGACGCGCUGCUGCCCCCCGCGCGGGCACCGCGGCUUCAAUGGCGCCAUCGCCCAGGACCAGCAGCCGGCAAGAUGCGACCGCCCUGCCCAGCAUGUCCUCAACUUUUUGGGCGUUCAUGAUCCUGGCCAGCCUCCUCAUCGCCUACUGCAGUCAGCUGGCCGCUGGAACCUGUGAGAUUGUGACCCUAGACCGGGACAGCAGUCAGCCACGGAGGACAAUCGCCAGGCAGACAGCGCGCUGUGCAUGCAGAAAGGGGCAGAUCGCAGGCACCACGAGAGCCCGGCCUGCUUGUGUGGACGGUCUCCUGACAAUCGCAGCCCCUGCGGUGCCCCCUGGGAGUGACUGUGGCUCCCUGGAGAUUCUACACCUCAGCCACCGUCCUCCAUCCUGUGUGGACACCGCCCAUUCUCCUCCUCCUUCAUCCACCCACUGUUCCCCAGCAGCCUAACAAGGACAGCCCAGUUCCGAGGAGCUCUGAGCUCAAGUCUGUCCAACUGAACCCAGGAGGCCGGGACUCAGAUGCACAUGUCAGGGGUGGUGCCAGGAAUCAGCAGUACCUGGUGUGUGGAGCCUGGCUGCACCCAUCUUCACUAGCCACUUGCUCCCUGGAGUUGGAGGACAGGAACAAGAAUAAGGAGGCUGCGGCCCAGCCAGCUGAGCCACGACGCAAAGUCCGGGGACUGCCAGGUGCAGAAGCCACCACUUCCUCUGUCCCAGACUGUCUGAAUCGCUUUUAUUUUCUUAUACUUUCAGUAUACUCAAUAGACCAAAGAGCAAAUCUAUUUUAACGUGGACGCAUCCCUGCUGCCAAGAGUUCCCGGGUUUGAUUGUGGGGCGGGGGAGGGCACAGGGGCAGACAUGCUGGUGGCCCAGGCAGCAUGGAGAGGGCAUCCGCGGCCAAGACCCCCGCCCCACGAACACUGCAGCGUGCCCUAGGAGGAUGGUUUUGCCCAGAAGGACACCACCGUGGUGCACCUGCAGGACCCAGCCGGGGCGUGGCCGGCGACGGCCCCCAGCGGACAGCAAGGGCCCCGGACACAGACCCUUUGCCCCUGUGCUUAGACCAACUCUAUCGUACUAAAAUCACUUUCUGUUUUAACCAGUUAGACAUGCCUCUUCCACAGCUCCAUUUUUGAUAGUUGGAUAAUCCACCAUUUGCCAAGAGCAUGCUGGGUCUCCCGUGACUGCUAUCUCAUCUGAUACACCAUUUAGCUCCAGAAAGCAAAUUAAAGAAAACUGAAGUAACCCUGUUUGAAAGAGAUCAUUAAAUGUAUUUUGCAAAAGCCUAAAGUUAUAUAUUUAACAGUUUUUAUAUGUUGUAUAUUUGUAGAAAAUCCUAUUUAACAUUUGACGGCAGUUCUGACCAUCCCGAGAGUUGCGUCCCCUGUGACCCUGGAGACUCUGGGGUGGCCAUGGAGGACCUCAGUGCAGGCAUGGAGGGGCAGAGCUGUGGGUGAGGUGCAGAGGGCCCUGCCCAUUCUAGGAAGCUGUGUCUCUCUUUGCUUUGGUCUGGUCAGGUAGCUCACAUUCCCCUGUGAGUCUGUGUUGGUAAACAUUGUGUGUACAAUAUUUUGGUCCCUCUCUCUCCUAACCCCUUUUGCCAUCCGUAGAUCUUGAGUCCAUGUUCGGCCAAUUUGCCCUUCCUAAAUGAAUGCCCCCUCCCCUCAUUCUCAGAGGUCUCCACUUUCGGAGGCUGAGACAGUUGGGGUGAAGGGGGUGGAGGAGCUGGGGAACAGAGUCACUGUCCUUGGUUACCCUACACUGUGGGACCAGAGGCCAGCGAAUAAGGGACAGACAUGGUCCCUAUUCAUUUUCCUGAGUUCUGCUAAAAGUAUACUACCUACACGUCCAAUUAACAUGACUAUCAUGCUAGUAAUAUGCUACUAAAGAAAAACGUAAAAGAAAAAAAAAGUAUUUAACUUCCAGUAUAUAGAUGCUGUUUCAGCAACCAUAGGCUAAAGAUAGGAAAGAAAGCCCAUUUCUGUGAGACCCAUUCCAGUAGCCACAUGUCACCCCCUUCACUUACAUAGGGAUGAGCAUGCUGGGCAGUGAGAUGAGGCUGGCACGAAGGAUUCUCAUCAGAGGAGGUGGUCAGGCGAGGCCGCUGUCCCCAUGGUGCCAGGCUCUGGUGGCCUAUGUUGCAGGGGGUCAGCAAAGCAGGAGGUCUUAUUUCACCACUGAAUCUCAACAUCGCACCACCUCCCUUUGGCUGUUUCUUUUGAAAGCUAGUGUAGACACCUCUGAGGGCAGAGGCCGGGAGAAUUAAGAUGUCGCAGCAUAUUUCCCCCCUUGUUUUACAGUAUCCAAUUUUGUGUUGAUUCAGCUAAAUUAUGAAAAUAAAGAAAAAAAGUCCUUUGA